UUCUUUUGUUUGACUGCGUCAUGUUAUAUGAUUUUGUAGUGAUCUAGAAUUUCAAAAUUAUUGCUCAUAUUUGUAAAAAAAUAUUCAUUUUCAAAAUGCCGCUUUCAAAAAACGCGGAAAAAAGGAUUGGUAAAAAAAUCAAACGUUGUCAGCUGAUAAUUUCUCGAGAGGCGAGUUUUGAAUUCAGCGAUUCACCAACAGAGAAUAUUAUAAUUUGUAACGCGGGUAUUACAACUGGCUUACAACAAGAGACAAUACUUGAAGAAGUUCUUCGUCAAGGUGUAUCGCCAAAGGAAAUUGGGUUUCCGACUGGAAAGUCGUACUGUUAUUUACGAUUCAGUUCGCCACAAGUGGCGCAGAUCGUGUAUGAAGCUAUGAACGGAAUAUCUCCAUUAGGACAAAAUGGAUGUAUCCUAUUAAUGUCAUACUACUUGGAUACACGAAACGCAAACCAACACGAAGUAAAUUUGUCUCCCAGUCAAUUAGUACCCGGAUUGAUACUUUCUUUGGACUUUAUUGAUGAAGAGUUAGAAGCGAAACUACUUUAUGCAGCUGAUAUGAAUGAUGAAAAUGGAUUGGAGGGAAAUCUCAAACACCGCCGUGUGAAGCAUUUUGGGUUUGAAUUCUUGUAUGGAAGUAACAAUGUAGAUAAAAACAAACCUAUGGAUCGCAAAAUUCCUUCGAUUUGUAAUCAACUUUGGGAAAAACUACAACAAUGCUAUCCUGAACUUGCGUGGCAUAUUCCAGAUCAGUUAACAGUAAACCGAUAUGAACCAGGUCAAGGAAUUCCGCCCCAUGUAGAUACUCACAGUGCAUUCCAGGACCCGAUCAUAUGUCUUUCAUUAGGAGCAGCCAUAUCUAUGGAUUUUCGGGAUACAAAAGGAAAACACCUAACAGUCGACUUACCUUCCAGAUCACUAUUGAUUAUGUCUGGCGAAAGUCGUUAUGGUUGGACACACGGCAUAACCCCUCGGAAGACAGAUACUGUUCGAUUGAAUAAUAGCUUGACCAUAAGGAAAAGAGAGUUGCGUGUGUCUUUUACUUUCCGCAAGCUUCAGGAUGUACCGUGUCGUUGUCAGUAUCAUUCUUUAUGCGACUCCUAUAAAAACGAAUCUGAUGUCAGAUCCCUACACUUACACGCAAACGCUACCCAACUGGAAUUGGACAAUGUUCACAAAGUAUACAACGAAAUCGCGAAACAUUUCAGUGAGACUAGACACUCACCAUGGCCGAAAGUGAAUACGUUUCUUUCAUCGCUUUCACCAGGCUCCAUUCUUCUUGACGUCGGGUGUGGCAACGGAAAGUACCUUGGUUUGAAUCCCCACAUUGUUGCCCUCGGUUGCGAUCGAAGCAAUGAGCUACUCAAAGUAUGCAUCAAUCGAGAUUUUAAUGCAUUGGAGUGUGAUUGUCUGGUACUACCGUUUCGAUCCGCCUCCAUUGAUGCAUGUAUAAGUAUAGCUGUUAUUCACCAUCUUGCCACGGAACAACGCCGUAGGCAAGCUAUCUGUGAAAUUGUUCGAGUGCUAAGACCCGGUGGAUAUGCUUUAAUAUAUGUAUGGGCAAAAGAUCAGGAAGCGAAUUCAAAAAAGUCGAGCUAUCUCCGGCAGAAUAAACUUAACAACAAACCUUCCAAAGGAACGGAUCAAUCAUUGCAUGUAAUGAUUCCGAAGGAGGACCACAUAACGGAAUCGAUACUUCCAAUUCAUACCAAUAGAACACAAUUUCAACACCAGGAUUUACUGGUUCCAUGGAAAUUACAAAAUGGGAAACAAGAAACGAAGAAAACUUUCUUACGAUUCUACCAUGUAUUCGAGGAACAUGAGUUGGACAACUUGUGUCGAUCAGUAGAAGGAAUUUCUAUCGAAGAAAGCUAUUACGAUCAAGGCAAUUGGUGUGUUUUGUUUAAAACAAAAGAUUGAACAGUCACCACUCAUCAGAAGAAUUUUGAUUCCGUAUUGAAUCCAAACUUUUCUUUAAUGGUAGGUAAUUUCUUCAUACAGAGGGUGCUUGUUUGUUAUUUGAAAACAGAGAAAACAUUAAAAAGUUUUGACAGAUAAGCUUCAUAUCUUCCUCCUAUGACCAAACCAUUCAUGACUUCACGGUUUCUAAAUUGGGAAGAAGAGACCUAUAUAUAUUCGAUAAAUUGGACAGUAGUGGCUUUGGUUGAAACCGCCUUUGUUGAAUAAAAUCAUGGCUCAGAUAUCGACGUUUGCCAAUCAAAUUAUCUGAUUUCUGAUGCUCCUGAAGACUUUUUUGACUAAGGGUUCUGUUUUAUAUUCUGUUCGUUGUUUUUAAAUAAUUUAUAAUCCCGAUCAUGUAAUCUAGCUACAUUUGCGGGAAUGCAACUAAUCUUGGGUAAAUACUAAAUACACCCAAACCUCCAUUUACGUUACUUAUAUAUGUAUAUAUGUAUUAAUAUAUGUACGCAUGUGUGCAAAUAUUUGUAUUUCUUAAUACAUAUAAAUAUUGGUGAAGUAAAAGCGAUCAUUUAUAUGUAUAAAUAUAUACACAUAUACGCAAGCGAGUACAUAUAUAAGGUUCGUAAAUGGAGGUUUGGGUGUACUUAAAUACUUACAUUGGGUAUGCUUUGUGGAUGCUCUCUUGAAAUAGAAGGCCAUAAAGCGUAGAACUACAUUUCAGGAUUUAGGAAUCAGAUAAAUUAUACGUAUCAUCUUGCAAAUGAAAAAAAAUAUUUUAUUUCUCGACUAGGAAUACUUAGAAGAGUAGAAAAACUUCUUUAUGACGGUUUUAUACCAUUUCCUAGGAAUCAUUUCCUUGAUGUAACAUUUUCCCGAAUAACGUUUACCGCAACAGAUCCUCUACCAGAAAAACAGGCCAGAAUGAAACAAUCCCAUGAAAAUCAUUCCAGGAGAAAUCAAUUCCAAAAAGUCAAUCCAAAAAGAAUCAAUCCCCGGAAAAGUA